AUGAACUAUGAUAAGCCUAUUAUCAUUCGUAAAAAUAAACCUGCACCAAAACAAAAUACUGUUACUUUAGAUGAUGAAGUUACUUUACAACUUGUACCAAAGCAUGUACAAGAUAAAAUUAAAGAAGCACGUGUAAAAUUGGAAUUAGACCAAAAAGAACUUGCUAAAAAAAUGGAUAAAAAAGUAAGUGUUGUAAAGGAGUGGGAAAAGGGGACUGCUAAUUUUGAUAAAAAUAUAGCAAGAGCCUUUGAAAAGGCUUUGAAUAUAAAAUUUGAUUUAAAACAGGGUAAAUAA